AUGUCGUCGGUGUCGGUUGUGUUUGACCUCCGCUACACGGACUGGGAGCUCUUCGCGUCGGCGCGGGACACUUUCACCACGGCAAUGGGCGAGAUGUUGGCGCUGUCACGCGCCGCCGUGUUUGUGCGAGGGGAGCAGUGGCUACGUGUCGAGCUGUUCGCGGCAAACGGAAGCCGCCUCCUGCCUGUUUGGGAUGCCGCCCGCGACGCAAAUGUGGUGGCGGAUGCAAUGCGCAUAUUAUCGGCGCUCAACCCAGUGCGCUCCCCGGCGCGUGAAACGAAUCAGUGCGUGGUGGAGGCCUUGCAGCAGUUGUUGUACUCCACGGCACAUUCCACGCCGGAUGGCUCGCGUAGCCUUUUCUUCUUUACCACCUUUACGACGAUCAGUGAUUUCAGUCGUCUUGUGCACUCAGCAAAGAUCCUUGCCAUACCUUUCAUGGAAAAUGCGUGGGUCUCACUGCACUUGGAUGCCACGGCGAUGACGACAACCUCGCUUGCACUGACGCCUGCCAUUCGCGCCAUCCGAUGCCCCAUUGCCCCGCUGGUUCUCCGCAGCGUGACUCAGCAGUCAUUGUCUCCCUUUCUGCAGCUGCAUCGUCACGUUCCUGUCUCGCUGCGCUUUGGUCGCUACACCGUGCCUUGCUCCGCGCGCCGCCCUUUCUUUGCGCUUCCCACGCGUUGCUGUGCGGUUGAAGACCUUGACUUGGCACGAGAGGGCGGAGCGGCGGAAUCCGGCGGCGACCGUGCGGUCCUUUUGCUGACCGGGCGGCAUGCGUGCACUUCCCACUUUGAGCGCGAGCGGUGGCUGACGCGGGAGGUGACGCUCACGGCGGAGGGCGUUCUGAGUGGUGACGCCGUGAGCGAGGAGAAGCUCUACGGCGACGGCUGGAUACUCUGCCCGAAGGAGUCGGGGCAGGGCGAGCGCCGCCCCGAGGAGUGGAUGCACCACCUCUCGCAGGAGCUCCGGGGGGAUGUGCUUCUGCUCACAACUCAGCAGCCGCACCUUGACCCGCCCCACCAGCUGGCGCUGCCCGUCUCCACGUUUGUUGGCUUCUUCCUGCGUCCGACGCAGUUGUACCUCCGCGCCCUCAUCCCGCCGGAGCUGCUCACGGAGCAGCUGGAGUCCGUGGGGGCGUGUGCCACCCGCCACCGUCACGACGCCGCCCUCUCAGAGGAGCUCAAGAAGACGGUAGACGCUUUGCGCACGGAUUCCGAACUUUUCCUGCAGCGGAGGAGGCCGCCGGCCGGCGUUUGUCGCACGCUGGCGCAGCUGCAAAUAAGUCGGCAGUUCACCCUGCAGCUCGAAAAGUCACAGGGCGGCACUAAGCGCGGCGCGGCGCAGCCGCUUCAUGCCCUUCACAGAUAG